AAGGGAUGGGGGUUGGUCCAAAGGCUCAGAUCUUGCUGGACUCCAGGCUGAGUUACCUCCGUGUCCUGGCACUCCAAUCUUCCUCCUCCAAGGCUCUAACAGGAUGGGUGACGCCGUGAUGGCCGAGUUCGGGGCGGCGGCUCCCUACCUCCGGAAAUCGGACAAGGAGCGCCUGGAGGCCCAGACCCGGAUCUUCGACAUCCGCACGGAGUGCUUCGUGCCCGACGAGAAGGAAGAGUUCGUCAAGGGCAAGGUCACGAGCCGCGAGGGAGGCAUGGUCACCGUGCAAACCGAGAACGGCAAGAUGGUGACAGUGAAGGAGGCGGACGUCCACCAGCAGAACCCGCCCAAGUUCGACAAGAUUGAAGACAUGGCCAUGUUGACCUUCCUGCACGAAGCGGCCGUCCUCUACAAUCUGAAGGAGCGCUACGCCGCCUGGAUGAUCUAUACAUACUCCGGCCUCUUCUGUGUGACUGUUAACCCUUACAAAUGGCUGCCGGUCUACAACGCAGAGGUGGUCGCUGCCUACAGGGGCAAGAAGCGAAGCGAAGCUCCUCCCCACAUCUUCUCCAUCUCCGACAACGCGUACCAAUACAUGUUGACGGACCGAGAAAACCAGUCUGUCCUCAUCACCGGAGAAUCCGGUGCAGGGAAGACGGUGAACACCAAACGGGUGAUCCAGUACUUUGCCAGCAUCGCUGCCAUCGGCGACCGCAAGAAGGAUGCCGCCAACACCAACAAGGGGACGCUGGAAGAUCAAAUCAUCCAGGCCAACCCUGCCCUGGAGGCCUUCGGCAAUGCCAAGACCUUGCGGAACGACAACUCGUCCCGAUUUGGUAAAUUCAUCCGAAUCCACUUCGGGGCAACGGGAAAGUUGGCAUCAGCCGACAUAGAAACCUGUAAGUCAGACUGCGAAGGGAAGUUUGAUUGGUCCGCAAGGCACCACCAGGCACAGGGGCUCAGAUUGCUUUCCCCAAAGUGUUGCUCACUUUUCUUUCCUUCCUCCCCUGGCUCCUCCGCUCAGGUGUACUACUCCAUUGGGGCCCUGGCUAAGUCUGUGUAUGAAAAAAUGUUCAGCUGGAUGGUAGUAAGAAUCAACAAUUCUUUGGAGACCAAGCAACCCCGGCAGUAUUUCAUCGGGGUGCUGGACAUCGCAGGAUUCGAGAUCUUUGACUUCAAUAGCUUUGAGCAGCUCUGCAUCAACUUCACCAACGAGAAGUUGCAGCAGUUCUUCAACCACCACAUGUUUGUGCUGGAGCAGGAAGAGUACAAGAAAGAAGGGAUCGACUGGGUCUUCAUCGACUUCGGCAUGGACCUCCAGGCCUGCAUCGAUCUCAUCGAGAAGCCGCUGGGCAUCAUGUCCAUCUUGGAGGAGGAAUGCAUGUUCCCAAAAGCCUCUGACAUGACCUUCAAGGCCAAGCUGUACGACAACCACCUGGGCAAGUCGAACAACUUUGGGAAGCCGCGCAACACCAAGGGCAAGCCAGAGGCCCAUUUCUCCCUCAUCCAUUACGCCGGCACCGUCGACUACAACAUCCUUGGCUGGCUGCAGAAGAACAAGGACCCCCUCAACGAGACGGUGGUGGGGCUCUACCAGAAGUCGUCCCUCAAGCUCCUUGCUACACUUUUCUCCAGCUACGCCAGCUUGGAGGCUGGUGGAGAUGGAGGGAAGGGAAAAGGAUCGAAGAAGAAAGGAUCGUCUUUCCAGACCGUUUCUGCAGUUCAUCGGGAGAACCUCAACAAGCUGAUGGCCAACCUGAAAACAACCCACCCUCACUUUGUGAGGUGCCUCAUCCCCAAUGAACGGAAGGCCCCUGGAGUGAUGGAUAAUGCUCUGGUCAUGCACCAGCUCCGCUGUAACGGAGUCCUGGAGGGGAUCCGGAUCUGCCGGAAGGGAUUCCCCAACCGGAUCCUUUAUGGGGACUUCAGGCAAAGGUACCGUAUCCUAAACCCAGCUGCUAUCCCCGAGGGCCAGUUCAUCGACAGUCGGAAGGGAGCAGAGAAGCUCUUGGGCUCCUUAGAUAUCGACCACAACCAGUACAAGUUUGGCCACACUAAGGUGUUUUUCAAGGCUGGGCUUUUGGGCCAAUUGGAGGAAAUGCGAGAUGAACGCCUUUCCCGCAUCAUCACCCGCAUCCAAGCGCAGGCCAGGGGUCAGCUCAUGCGCAUCGAGUUUAAGAAGAUUAUGGAGCGUCGGGAUGCAUUGCUGGUGAUUCAGUGGAACAUCCGGGCCUUCAUGGGGGUGAAGAACUGGCCUUGGAUGAAGCUGUUCUUCAAAAUCAAGCCUCUGCUCAAGAGCGCAGAGACCGAGAAGGAGAUGCAGACAAUGAAGGAAGAAUUUGGGCGGCUGAAGGAAGCCCUGGAGAAAUCGGAGACUCGGAGGAAAGAGCUAGAGGAAAAGAUGGUCUCCCUGUUGCAGGAGAAGAAUGAUCUCCAACUGCAAGUUCAAGCUGAACAAGAUAAUCUGAACGAUGCCGAGGAACGGUGCGACCAGCUGAUCAAGAACAAGAUUCAGCUGGAGGCCAAGGUGAAGGAGCUGACUGAAAGGAUGGAGGACGAGGAGGAGAUGAACGCCGAGCUGACGGCCAAGAAGCGGAAGCUGGAGGACGAGUGUUCGGAGCUCAAGAAGGACAUUGACGACCUGGAGCUGACCCUGGCCAAAGUGGAGAAGGAGAAGCACGCCACGGAGAACAAGGUGAAAAAUCUCACGGAGGAGAUGGCCGGUCUGGAUGAGAUCAUCGCCAAGCUGACCAAGGAGAAGAAAUCCUUGCAAGAGGCCCACCAGCAAGCUCUGGAUGACCUGCAGGUCGAAGAAGACAAAGUCAACACGCUCACCAAAGCCAAGCUGAAGCUGGAGCAGCAGGCGGACGAUCUGGAAGGCUCCCUGGAACAGGAGAGGAAGAUCCGUAUGGACCUGGAACGGGCCAAGAGGAAGCUGGAAGGGGACUUGAAGCUGACCCAGGAGAACAUCAUGGACCUGGAGAACGACAAGCAACAGCUGGAGGAUAAACUGAAAAAGAAGGAGUUUGACAUCAACCAGCAGAACAGCAAGAUUGAAGAUGAACAGGCCCUGGCUUCACAGCUGCAGAAGAAGUUGAAGGAACUGCAGGCGCGGAUCGAGGAGCUGGAAGAGGAGCUGGAGGCGGAGCGAGCAUCCCGGGCCAAGGUGGAGAAGCAGCGCUCCGACCUCUCGCGGGAGCUGGAGGAGAUCAGCGAGCGGCUGGAGGAGGCCGGCGGGGCCACCACCGUGCAGGUGGAGCUGAACAAGAAGCGGGAGGCGGAAUUCCAGAAGAUGCGCCGCGACCUGGAGGAGGCCACUCUCCACCACGAGGCCACGGCGGCCACGCUCCGCAAGAAGCACGCCGACUCGGCGGCAGAGCUGGGGGAGCAGAUCGACAACCUGCAACGCGUGAAGCAGAAGCUGGAGAAGGAGAAGAGCGAGUUGAAGUUGGAGCUGGACGACGUGGGCUCCAACAUGGAGCAGCUGCUGAAAGCCAAGGUGAAUUUGGAGAAGAUGUGUCGCACCGUGGAGGACCAGGCCGCAGAUUACCGGGCCAAGUUUGAAGAGACCCAGAGGACCCUCAACGACACCAACACACAGCGGGCCAAACUCCAGACGGAAAAUGGAGAACUCGCCCGCCAACUCGAAGAGAAGGAGGCACUCAUUUCUCAGCUCACUCGAGGGAAGCAGUCGUACACCCAGCAAAUGGAGGACUUGAAGAGGCAGCUGGAAGAGGAGGCCAAGGCCAAGAAUGCUCUGGCGCAUGCGCUGCAGUCGGCCCGCCAUGACUGCGACCUUCUGAGGGAGCAGUAUGAGGAAGAAGUAGAGGCCAAAGCGGAGCUCCAGCGCUCGUUGUCCAAGGCCAACUCCGAGGUGGCGCAGUGGAGGACUAAGUACGAAACCGAUGCCAUCCAGAGGACGGAGGAGCUGGAGGAGGCCAAGAAGAAGCUGGCACAGCGCCUCCAGGAUGCCGAAGAGGCGGUGGAGGCCGUGAACGCCAAGUGCUCCUCUCUGGAGAAGACCAAGCACCGCCUGCAGAACGAGAUCGAAGACCUCAUGGUGGACGUGGAGCGCUCAAACGCGGCCGCAGCUGCCCUGGACAAGAAGCAGAGGAACUUCGACAAAAUCCUCUCGGAGUGGAAGCAGAAAUACGAGGAGACCCAGGCAGAGCUGGAGGCCUCUCAGAAGGAGUCCCGGGCACUCAGCACCGAGCUCUUCAAGCUGAAGAACGCCUACGAGGAGUCUCUGGAGCACCUGGAGACCUUGAGGAGGGAGAACAAGAACUUACAGGAGGAGAUUUCCGACCUUACUGAGCAGUUGGGCGAGGGGGGCAAGAGCAUGCACGAACUAGAGAAGGUCCGGAAGCAGCUGGAGGCCGAGAAGAUGGAGUUGCAGGCAGCUCUGGAAGAGGCUGAGGCCUCUCUGGAGCACGAGGAAGGCAAGAUCCUGCGGGCCCAGCUGGAGUUCAACCAGAUCAAGGCUGACAUCGAGCGCAAGCUGGCCGAGAAGGACGAGGAGAUGGAGCAGGCCAAGCGCAACCACUUGAGGAUGGUGGACUCGCUCCAGGCAUCCCUCGACGCCGAGACCCGCAGCCGCAACGAGGCGCUGAGGGUCAAGAAGAAGAUGGAGGGCGACCUCAACGAGAUGGAGAUCCAGCUCAGCCAAGCCAACCGGGUGGCAGCUGAGGCCCAGAAGCACCUCAAGAUUGCCCACACCCACCUCAAGGACAACCAGAUCCAACUGGAUGACGCCCUGCGAGCCAACGAAGACCUGAAGGAGAACAUUGCCAUAGUAGAGAGGCGGAACUCCCUGCUGCAGGCGGAGCUGGAGGAGCUGCGCAGCGUGGUGGAGCAAACGGAGCGCGGCCGGAAACUCGCCGAGCAGGAGUUGAUCGAGGCCAGCGAGCGGGUCCAGCUCCUCCACUCCCAGAACACCAGCCUCAUCAACCAGAAGAAGAAGAUGGAGACUGACCUGUCCCAGCUUCAGUCAGAGGUGGAGGAGGCCAUUCAGGAGUGCAGGAACGCUGAGGAGAAGGCCAAGAAGGCCAUCACUGAUGCGGCCAUGAUGGCGGAGGAGCUGAAGAAGGAGCAGGACACCAGCGCUCACCUGGAGAGGAUGAAGAAGAACAUGGAGCAGACCAUCAAGGACCUGCAGCUGCGGCUGGACGAGGCGGAGCAGCUGGCCCUGAAGGGCGGCAAGAAGCAGCUGCAGAAGUUGGAGGCCCGAGUGCGGGAGCUGGAGAACGAGCUGGAGCUGGAGCAGAAGCGCAACGGCGAGACCGUCAAGGGCAUGCGCAAGUGCGAGAGGCGCAUCAAGGAGCUCACCUACCAGACUGAGGAGGACAAGAAGAACUUGCUGAGGCUCCAGGAUCUGGUGGACAAGUUGCAGUUGAAGGUCAAAGCCUACAAGAGACAGGCAGAGGAAGCGGAGGAACAGGCCAACAGCAACCUGGCCAAGUUCCGGAAGGUUCAGCACGAGCUGGAUGAGGCCGAGGAGCGGGCGGACAUCGCCGAGUCCCAAGUCAACAAGCUGAAGGCCAAGACCCGCGAUGUGGGAGGGAAGAAACUUCAUGAUGAAGAGUAAGGAGGUUUUCAGAUCCUCGGUUGAACUGAAGGGCUUUUUCUCCAGCCCCUUUCACUGAAUAAGAUGUAGCAUUAAUAUAAUCCAAUUAAUAAAGUUGAACAGCAAAUUUAAUCCUGA